AUGCUACCCGUCUUGCUUGUUCUUUUCGGGCAUUUCUCUGCUGGGGCCCUGGUCGGUCCUUGUCGGUGCGCAGAGGGCGGCGACACGAGCGAGGGAGCGCAGCAGCUUUUAAUCUUGCCUCGACGGCAGCACCGCGCCCACGGCCACGACAACGGAGGCAGACAGAGGCAAGGCAUUGGAACGCCAGAAGCAUCGUCCCAGAUUGCCUCGUCGAUCUCGCCCUGGCCGUGGCCAACCAACGGUGGCAAGGGGCUUGCGCUACCCAUGCCAGCUUCCAGCCGGUGCCCCGUCCUUGUACCGGGCGUGCUUUGGCAGGCCAGGGCAGGCCAGGGCCGGGCCAGGGCAGCCUCUCGCCCUCUGCUCACCUCAGCUUAUCGCUCGCCUGCCACUGGUCUGCCAUGCCCCCGUCGAACAAAAAAGAAACACGCGCUGCCCCCACUGUCUGCCAAAACAAACACUCAUUCAAGCCGCUGUCAUUUCCACGCUUUUUCUUGCAUCUCGCUCUCGCACUUGCACUUGCAAUGCACUGCACUGCACUGCACUCCACUCCACCGCACUGUACCGCACCGGAGCCAGAGCGCGGUACGCUGCACGCCUGCGACCCAAACCAUGUCUGUAUUGAAUUUCAGUGGGACACGUCGCUCCUGCUCCUGCUCCUGCACGCCAACGGUGCCCGUGGCUUGCUGGGGGGGAGACUACCGUCACGAUCUCCAUCUCCCUGCAGCCCGCCCACCUGCAAGUCCAUCGACAGCGACGUUGUGUGCCUCGUUGCAACUCAGGUACCCGUCUCUCAACCAUGCGCAUGCCUUCACACCCGCUGUAAGGGCCUUCCCUGCUCCGGCCAGCGGGCCCCCCUCCCCCAAGACCACAACCGUCGCCCGCCGGCCCAAACGGCUGCGCAUCGCUGGCGCCUGCUUUUUCGUCUGUCCCGGCUUCCGCUUUUUCGGCGGCCCGCAGUUGACUCAUUGCCAACGCCAAUACGAAGCAUGCAACUACGGGCUACAUAGCUACUUACAGGGAACGCCAACUGUCACACCUACGUCAAUUUUUGCCUCGCUUGCUGCUUUCCGCCACGCCUACGAGGCGCAUGAUCCAAUACCACUGUGCAUCCAUCCACCAAAACAUUGCUCCAGAGUUUGGCCCCUAGCCACAAGUCUGAACUUACUUUCCCUUCUGCCUCUUACACCUACAACUAAGCCGAACCGCUGGGGGAGGGGGCAAUGCAUGACGACAAGCCAUUCCUCGCCCUCGACCGACCAUUUCCAGCCCUCCCCUCGUCUCCACCAGGGUUGGCACUAUCUCGGGCAUACUACCACCCCAGUGAACGCAUAG